CUUCUUCGCGCACCUGCGUAGCACACCUGGAUUCAGGAAGUGCUGUGACGUCAGAGGGAGAGGUGUUUGAAGGAAUGGCUCAGGAAUUCCAACACAAAAAUCCUGCUCAACUUGAUUGGUGAUCAGCUCGCAUAUAUUCGCGUCGCCAGAGGCAAACAAGUGCACAAAUCUCUUCAGUCGCCCGGGUCAAGCACACAUUCUGGACUGAGCAGGUUGCUCUGCGUGUCAGAUUUCUUUUGAGGAAAGAAGAAUUAAUUGUUUUGGUUUUUUAAAGAAGAAUCAUUUUUUUUAAAGAUACACAAAGAUGUCUCUUCGUUCGAGUAUUUUACCCGAUGAGGCGGUCUUUGCUGACUUCAGAAAGCAGUGUUUAUCAACGGACAAUUGGGUGAACAAGUAUGAUAAUAAUGGGAUGCAAGUGUGGGUCGAAGUUCCUGCAAAGAAAGAAACACACGUAUCUAAAAUCCACAAGAUCAAGUGUAAAAUGACAAUCAAAGAUGUAUCAGCUGCUACCAUGUACGACGUCCUUCUUGAUGGCCAGUACCGUAAGGAGUGGGACCCCGCCAUGUUGGAGAGUUUUGAUAUUGCCCGGCUCUCUGCUAAUGCUGAUGUGGGCUACUACUCAUGGCUUUGUCCAAAGCCAAUAAUGAACAGAGAUGUGGUGAGUCUGCGCUCGUGGCAGGUGAUGGAUGACGAGUACAUCAUCGUGAACUUCUCAGUCAAACACCCGAAAUACCCUCCUCGCAGCAACCUUGUGAGGGCCAUUUCCAUCCUCACUGGCUAUUUGAUCAAACCCACAGGACCAAACAGCUGUACUUUCAUAUACCUUUCACAUGCUGACCCCAAAGGUUCUCUUCCGAAGGUUGUGGUAAACAAAGCUUCUCAAGUUCUCGCUCCACGGGUGAUGAAGGCUGUACACAAGGCGGGACAGAACUACCCAGAGUGGAAGCGGCUGAAGUCUCCCAACCAGAAGCCCUGGUUGUACCCAGAGCAGAGCACCCUGCCCAUGAUGGACCCCGCCGAGCUGUCUUUACAGAGAGCAGACUCGCUAGAAAAUGUGGAUGAGAGUUCCAAGGUGGAUGCUCAUGACAGUGAAGACAGCAGUUAAAUCACAUCAAAGUGACGGGAGGAAGGGUAGCCAAGAGGGAGAGAUUGGGGGAUGGACUAUAUAUACUCACAAAUUCAGACUUGAGACCUCCGACUCUCUGUGAUUUUAUCCAGUUUUCCAAAUCACUGUGCCUUUUGGGAUGAGCAAGAGCAUGAAGUGUUUACAGUUGUCUUACUAGACAGAAAUGAGCACAGAUCAAGUUGCCAUUCACCUCACUCCAGGUUGAACUAAGCUAAACAUCUUUCCAGUGUUUGCCACCAUGCUUUUUUUUUUUAUUUAAAAUAAUAUUUUUUUUACAAUGUACAGUCUUAGAGGUGCUAGGGUUUGAAUGUGUCAUGGUUACAGCACUACAUUUACAAUGGACUUUUUUUAGUUGCCGCUAUGUAAAGCGCACAUGAACAAAUUUUAAAUGAGGAAAUGAAGCGUAGCUUUCCACUAGUGGCUAUUUGACACUAAUGGAAAGAUUAGGUAUUGUCAGUGUUGAAAGUAGAGUGAAGUGAAAUUAUGUAUUUCUGACCCCACAUUCUUGAAUUUUUAAAUUAAUUGCUCGUUAAAACAUAAUAGAAAUAGUUUUAGCUUAACUGUUUUUCUUUGUUGAAUGUCAUAUCAAAAUGAUCAGAACAUGAACUUAACACGAUUAAAAUAGUCACACUUUUUUUGUUAAAUCGCAUUAAAAUGGUUAGUUACGCUGUUACAUUAACAUUUACAUCAUGUUAACAGGUUAACAUGAAACCUAUUAUGGUGAAAGGUUCUGGGUUUGUGCAGCAGCUCUGGAUGUCGACUUUGAAUCUGUUUUUCAGAAAUACAAAGUUUUGUUUUUUUUAAAUUCAUGCAAAACAAAACUUCACUAUCACUACAUUUGCUACUGAUUUUGUCUUUAAAUGUGAACAUUUUAUUGCUAACCAUUAGUUAAUUUUAUUUAGUCAUGAUUAGUGAGCAACUAUGCUGUAUUUCUCUCUUUAAUGUGUAAUACAGGAAGGUUCAUUGUAUUUAUUCAGAUGUUGUGCAAUCAAAGUUUAUGCAAUCUGAUUCUUCUUAUAAGUUACACAGACCCGAGACUGGCAUUGGCACUCAAGAAGGAGAUCAGUUGUUGAUUUCUGAGAAGGAAAAUCUAGUUAGGUUGUAUUAACAUGUAAAAUGUACAUAGCAAGUUUGUAUUUUGUAAGUUGAAUAUCACUUAACAUGAAGGAUUGGAAUGAUCAUAAGGGAUAUCUUUUAUUUUAUUUAUUUAUUUGAAGUUAACUGUACGCUCAGAUGAAAUCAUGAUGGAGGAAAGACUUGAUAUCUGAUGUUACAUCGUCUUGACUUAACUUAAUAAACCUCACAAGGUUAACAUGC